UCACUGGCUGGAGCCUGAGGGGAGGGACAUGGGCAUCCUCCCUGUUUUGGUGUGGUCUUCCUGGAAUGUGUCCUUUGGGGGGCCAGGCACUGGGAGCGGGCCCCUCUCCAGACCUUGGUACAGCACGCAUAAGACUCAGCUCUUUGGAGUUUUACUUGCUGCUGCUUCAAAUUUUCUGAUUAGUGUCUCUUUGAAUAUACAGAAAUGCACUCAUCUCCAACUGGCUUGCCAAAUAGAGCCGAAGCCCUACUACAUGAGCAAGCGAUGGUGGUGUGGAAUCGUUCUCCUGGGGCUUGGAGAGGUGGGCAAUUUCACAGCCUAUGGAUUUGCUCCCAUUGCCCUUGUUGCUCCGCUGGGAUGUGUAUCUGUCAUAGGUAGUGCAUUUAUUUCUGUCUUAUCCGUAAAGAAAACCAUGAGGACUGCUGAUAUACUGGGAGGAACACUGACAGUAACAGGUACAUACUUGUUGGUGACGUUUGCUCCAAAUGUACCUCAAGAGUUCACAGCAAGACAAGUACAGAACUACUUAGUGAGUUGGCCUUUUUUGGUAUAUUCGAUCUUAGAAAUUAUAAUAUUCUGUGUUCUCCUCUAUUUUUACAAAAGAAAAGCUGUGAAACACAUCGUGGUUUUGUUAAUGAUGGUAGCACUACUGGCAUCGCUGACUGUCAUUGCUGUAAAGGCUGUGGCCAGCAUGAUAAUACUCUCUGUGAAGGGGAAAAUGCAGCUAACUUAUCCUGUUUUCUAUAUCAUGAUUGUUUUGAUGGCAACCUCUUGUGCUUUCCAAGUCAAGUUCUUGAAUCAAGCAAUGCAUCUGUACGAAGCGACAGCAGUUACGCCCAUUAAUUUUGUGUUCUUCACCACCAGUGCCAUCAUUUCAGGGGUCAUAUUUUAUCGGGAAUUCCAAAGUGCAGCUUUGCUGAGCCUGUUCAUGUUUCUGUUCGGGUGUCUCCUGUCUUUCCUUGGUGUAUUUGUAAUUGCAAGAAAUAAAAAAGAGGAGCAUUUACAAGUUCCUUUUAUUGACUGUGGACAUAUUCCUGGACAAAAUUUGACAGGCAAAAUACAACCAGAUUCUCACAGUUCAUGCUAUGGCGCUUUGAAUAAUGAAGACGACUUGGUGAAAAGUUAAAGCUGAAAGAAGAAAGCACAGUUAAUAGGAGGAAGGCCACUGGAACAAGGAUCAGCAGUGCCUUUUUAUUGGACAUAUUCAAGCGUGUGUUGAACUCCUGUAUGUCGAUGAGUCAUAGUAUUAUUGAAUCUUGCUGAAUGUAUCCCUUGGUUGUCCCAAAUGUGUUCUGAAGAUGAAGGAAGCUUUAAGAAAAACUAAAUAACCAUUAAUGAAACAGAACAUUCUUCUAAUAUCAAUGCCUCUUGAGGGUAUUUUUAGAGUCUUAAUUGCCUUGAAACGCAGAGACGCACAGAACAGGAUUAUAAAAGUUCCCUUUUGAAACCUCACAGAUCUGUGUAGAUGCUUAAAGACCAAGGUGGGAAAUGAGAAGAAAUGUCAUAAGUGACUUCAAAGUAUUCUGCUAUAUGUUUAAAUCCUUUAAAAACCUGAUCCUUCCUGUUCAGGAGUCAAAGCUGUGGACGUAUAUACAGUGUAAACAAAUAUGUACAACAGAGUAUUUUAUUUCACGUGUAGAGGAAAAAUCCUGAUUAUCUUCUGCCAUCAGAUUAAUUUUCUUAUUUUCCAAGGAAAUAGACACUUGUGUGAGACAGGGGAAAGAAGAGAGCAUUUGCCAUAAACAUAGGCACACGCACACAUGCACACAUUUGAGCUGCUCAGCCAAGGCAGAGUAGGGAACCAUGCUUGAUAUUUUACAUCCUCCCAGAAGAGUCCUGUGCACUGGGCUGGACUGUACUUGGCUAUACUAUCUGUUGGUAUAGCCUAGCCUGAGGUUUAGCUUCUGUUUUCAGGAAAACAAGGUUUUAGUGGAGAAAGUGCAGUUUUCCAGAGGGAAUGGGAUAGCCAGGCUCCAUCCCUUGAUGUGUCUUGGAAUAUACUCCUAAAAAAGAAAAGUAGGGCAACUCCUAACCCACUGGUAAUGCUGCAUGAGGAAAUGCUGUAAAAAACAGGAUCACAAGGUGUCACAGUAGCAGGACAGUUUUUCCUCGUUAAAUGGUAAUGUCUCUGAACACUGAUCUGAAGAGCCAGCAGUGGUUGAAACCAUGUCAAUAUUGUUCUGUGUUCAGGUCUGGGGUGUCUCCGUGUCCCUCAGUCCCCAUCUCCUGGCAAGAAAGCUGCUUCUGGGCAUUCAUCACGGGUCCACUUACCCCUGCCUGCUCUACCUCAGCCGGCACAGUGUGCGUCAGACACCUUUCUCUGCACAUACAAGUGAAAGAGCUCUUGAAAAGCAUUCGCGUCUCAGACAAGGUACUUAGUUUGGGUUUGAGUUAAUCAGCAGUAAUGGAUAGAGGCCACAGACUGUAUUUUGUUUCAGUGGGAUAUGAGACAAUGAGGUCUCCUUUUUUUCCCAAAUAAUUAUUUCAUUUAAAAAUACAUACAGCUGAAGAUGCACAUGACAGUUUCACUUCAAACCCUACAAAGCACACACAGAGCUGCAGUUUUUCCUAUGCAGCAAUGUCCCAGGAGCCAGGGCACAGGAGGGCUUGUGAAGCUGUUUUCCAACGUGGAUCUUUUCCAGCUGGCACAGGACAAGACUCUGUGUCUGCACCUUACUUGUACCAGCUGCCUGGCUGUGGCCUUCCUUUCUCCUCUUACAGCUUGAGUUCAAGUUUCUAAAGCUUAAUGUAAAAAAAGCACAUUCUUUUCAUAUGUUCUCUCCAGGGAGUAGGGGCAUGCCUCUAUCUUUCUUUUGCAAGUCAAAUUUAAGCCGCUUUCUAAGUCUCAAGUGAGAGUGUGUGCUAAAGAUGGAAAUAGGGGGCCUAUAGAUUUUCAUUCUGUGACCUGGGAAACAAAUGCGUGAAAGGAUUUGGUUUUGUUUCUUUUUUUUUUAAGUUUUUGGCCUUAGGCAUCUUUCUGAAAUCUGUUUCCAUGACUCAGGUGGGUUGGAGGAGGUAAUAAGGGUUACCAGGUGUAGGAUUUUCUCUUUAAAGCAAGAAAUCAAAUGUAAAAACCUGUGGCAAAAGUUAUUACUGAUUUUAAACUACUGUUUUUCUUCUUGAACAAAAGGGGGUUUUUUCUUCCUAUGGGUUGUACAAAAAUUAUAAGGGCUAAAAUGUUUUCUUUAAACUCAAAUGUAAUUAAAAUGAAUUUAUGGUGCAAAACACUAGUAGGAAUUAUGUGCAAUUAAAAGUUGUGAUUUGACAUGAUUUUUGAGAUGUGAGCACGUUCCAACUAAUUAAUGUAUUCCAAGAUCAGAAAAACUCAGUGAUGAGAAUUCAUUACUGUCUGCCAAGAAAAGAACGUGAUUUAUUUCAAGAAUCAGAUUCUAAUCAAUGUAAUUUUCAGAUUCGUGUGAUAUUUAGGUUGCAAACACCACAGACAAAUGCCUGCUAAAAGAAAAGCCUUUUCACUGGAAUACAAAAGAGUCUCUGGAGCCCUUCUCUUUAA